AUGUCGAAGCAGUGGUUGUGUCGUGAGGGGGAGCGGUGGUGGUUGUUGGACGCACGAGGCCAGCAGCUGCCACAUGUGGCGAAGAUUGCUGCGCAGUACAUGACCGGGCAACAUCGCCCCGAUUUUACGCCGGGCAUGAUGACUGGGGACCAUGUUGUCAUCACAAACAUCAAGGACGCCGUCAUGACGGGUGACAACUGGAUUCGCGUACCCAUCACCUGGCAGACCGCCUACCCCGGCGGCAAGUACCGAGUGCGCCUCUCCGAGAUGUACGAGCGCGACCCCUGCAUGGUCAUGUGGUGGUAUCUGAAGGACGAGGUGAACCGUCACUUUGUCCGGAAGCUCAAGACGCGCACCGCACCCUUAGAAAAGGCAUGGCUGUACGAGGACAGCGUCCAUCCGCACGCCGAGAAGAAUCCGCGCCCGUUGGUGUGGACCGACACUGCAACGAUGGGUUGGCGGUACAAGGAUCCAACGUUUCAGCGGCGCUGGUCACCGAAUCAGUUUAUGAGCUGA